AUGUACAUAUGCUUUGCCAUGGUAGUUAUAUCUGUCACAUCAGUGUGACUGUUGUAUCACAUUGUCUACCAUACUCAGUUUCCAAGAUCUUCUAUUUUGACUAAUAUGCCAUAAUAAAACGUGGUGACUGAAGUUAUGAUUACUCACUUGUUGAAAGAAAAACAGAAGUCACAGUAAUGAAUUAUAUACCUCUUCAUCAAGAUCUAGCUCAGCAUUAUAUGCUCACUCACCCACCUUCCCUCUCACUGUACAAUUGGUGUCAUUCACUCCCUCUCUCUGCUCCUUCCAGGCUGAGCGCACCCCGCGUUCGGAGCGUAAGCGUCAGGACUCGUUCGGGAUGUUUGACCGGUACGACAGCUGCAGUGAGGAGAGCACAAGUAGCUCCAGCUCUGAAGACAGUGAGGACGAGGUGCCCUCCAUCCCCGCCAGCCUGCCCAUCAUCAAGAACAAUGGACAGGUCUACACCUAUCCCGACGGCAAGACCGGCAUGGGUCAGUACAGAGAAAUAUGGAUAUAGAAUCUAUAGAUAUAAAUCAGUUAAGAAUCUCUAAUGGUCAGUCAGUGUCUCUGGGGUGAUCGCACAAAGCCGGUUGGGGAUUGAGCGUGGAAGAGGGUGGAGUGUGUGAAUUAAGCGGCUGCCUGUGAUUGACAUGGAUCUCGGCCUGAAACUGUCAUAGUUAUCCCGUAAUUUCGUACAAUAUAUUUGAGAAAAAUAACGUCUGAAAGAAAAAUACAUGACUUUGAGUGAUUUUCUUACUUUUCUGCUUUAUUCUGAGUUUCGGGGAAAUGUUUAUGUGUUGCCUUGUUCUCCAGCCACCUGUGAGAUGUGUGGGAUGGUUGGUGUGCGAGAUGCCUUCUACUCUAAAACCAAACGCUUCUGCAGCGUCUCCUGCUCUAGAAGUUACUCCUCCAACUCGAAAAAAGCCAGCAUCUUGGCUAGACUCCAGGUAACCAAAUGUCAUUUUAUUGGUCACAUUCACAUAUUUAGCAACAGUGCAGUAGUAUCUAACAAUACACACAAAUCUAAAAGUAAAAGAAUGGAAUUAAGAAACAUAUAAAUAUUAGGACGAGCAAUUUUGCCCCUACUAUGUUCUCUAUUUUAUUCGUUGUAGCCAGAGGGUAGAAUUGUAACUACGAGAGAACAUAAACGGUCAAAAGUGCGGACAUAUGUUCUUCUUUUGUUUCUUUAACCUAAUCUCACUGUCAAUGUGUUGUGUUUUUUACCGAAGGGUAAACCGCCUACGAAAAAGGCCAAGGUCUUACAGAAGCAGCCUCUCAUGGCGAAGUUGGCAGCUUACGCCCAGUACCAAGCAAGUCAACAACAACAGAACCAGGCGAAGUCAAAAGCAGGCGAGUCCACCUGUAGCUCAAUUGGUAGAGCAUGGCGCUUCAACGGCAGGAUAGUGGGUUUAUUAUUAUAUGAAAAAUGUAUGCGUUCAUGACUAAGUCGCUUAAGGAUAAAAGCAUCUACAAGAUGACAUGUAUUAUAUUAUAGACAGAACAUACAGUCUCUCACAUUGUUGUUAUGCAGAAGAAUGGCCUUGAAUGGAAGGUCGUUUUAGUCAUAAGAACACACAUUCUCUGUAUUUUCCUGACCCAGUAUAGUGAACGUGAUGUUGACCUUGUUCCUUCUCCCCUACAGUGGUUCCUGUUGAAGGCUUUGACUGGGGGCGAUACAUCUGUAGCAAUAACUUAGUUGGAGCACCAGUCAGCUGCUUCAAGCACGUACGUUUAAACAACAGCCACGCAUUCAAAUUGUCCUGUAUUGAAGUCUAUUGCAGAUGCUAAGGUUAUACAUCUGUAAAUCCACCCUGUUUUGAUCAACACAAUUGUACCUUGUGGGAUAUAAUAUGAACUCCUGUUACAUUUCGAUAUUCCUCGGUGUCUCAGGUCCCUAUGGGUACGUGCUGGGGAGACCUAGCUGAAGGAGUGAGGGUGGAGGUGCUCAACUCCGAUACUAACCUCUCUACUAAUGUCUACUGGAUAGCAGGGAUCGUCAAACUGUCAGGUAAGAACACAUCUAACCACUUGGAGGAUUUUAUCCUUGUGACCAAACAAUUCUUAACAUUUUUAGAAGUGUUGUGUUUUAAUAAGACUAUUCUUAUUCCUCUUAGACGAAUGUGCAGUAAUAGGGUUGUAAAGACGUCCCAUGAAUGGUCUCUGUUCUCUUCCCCAGGGUUCAAGGCUCUGCUGCGGUACGAGGGUUUUGACAACGACACCAGCAGGGAUUUCUGGUGUAACCUCUGUGUUCCCGAGAUUCACCACGUAGGGUGGUGCGCAUCCAGCGGGAAACCCCUCGUACCUCCCAAAUGUAAACAUCACUCAAUAAUCAUAAUGUUGAUCAUAGUAAUACGCUUUCUUUUUAACAUGCCUUUGAGCUUAACAGAAGAUGGAAAACAGAUUGAUAGACUGAUGGUGGAUUAUGUUUUGUGUUCUCUCUUAGCGAUACAGCAGAAGUACUCUAACUGGAAAGCUUUUCUUGUGAAGCGACUCACUGGAGCCAAAACACUGCCAUCAGACUUUGCCACCAAGGUAAGAUUUCAUAAUUUUGAGCCGCAGAGGUAAACACUGGUAAGGAUGAAAGCUUAAACUCCACCUAGAUCUCUAAAAGCACCCACUCUUAGCACUUCCUUCCAUUUCCCCCCUCUCUACCCAGGUCCAUGAGAACAUGCAGUUCCCCUUUAAGAAGCUGAUGCGUGUGGAGGUGGUGGAUAAGAGCCACCUGUGCCGGACGCGGGUGGCUCUGGUGGAGCAGGUGAUCGGGGGGCGGCUGAGGCUCGUCUACGAGGAGAGCUUCGACGGCUCCGACGACUUCUGGUGUCACAUGUACUCCCCGCUCAUACACUCCAUCGGAUGGUCCCGGAGUAUCGGACACCGCUUCAAACGAUCCGGUCAGUCAAGUUAGUUGGUUUGGGUAGUUCAUUUUGUUAGUGAGUUAGGCCUAGGUAGUUAGAUAGUCCAAUGUGUUUGUUUUCGGACUCUGGUGACAAUGUUUGUUUCCCAGAUGUGUCAAAGAAAAUCGAUGGUCAGAUGGACGCCCCUGCCCAGCUGUUUGCCAAGGUAAUAUAAUACACCACGUGUUUACAAUGCCCCAAGUCUUUGUACCUCUGUGGUUUGUAUUGAUAUUUUCCAAUGUAUGGAUCCAGAAUAAUGAAUGUGUCUGUGAUGCCUCCUCAGGUGAAAGACGUGGACCAGAGUGGUGAAUGGUUCAAGGACAGGAUGAAACUAGAGGCCAUCGACCCUCUAAACCUCUCAGCUAUAAGUGUAGCCACUGUAAGGAAGGUAACUGUCUGACCUCUCAGCUAUAGGUGUAGCCACUGUAAGAAAGGCAUGGCAACAGUUUGGGUUGUUACCAUGGGAACAUUCAAGGGUCAUACUACUCUACUGUUGGCUCCCCUGGAUUGGGGUUUCCCUCUUCUUACUUCCUGUUAAGGUUUUGAGUUGUAUACAUUGGUCUAUGCUGUGUGUUCCAGGUGUUGGCAGACGGGUACCUCAUGAUCGGCGUCGAUGGGUCGGAGGUGGCGGACGGCUCAGACUGGUUCUGCUACCACUCCACCUCUCCCUCCAUCUUCCCUGCCGGCUUCUGUGAAAUCAACAACAUUGAACUCACGCCCCCUAGAGGUACACUUCUAACCCUCUCUUUCUUUUCCUUCUUUUACAGACUACAACAUUCCCUCACUCAGGGUGAUUUAUAUAUUUUCAACCAUUGUUUAUUUAAUUAAGGAUAGUCUCAUUGAGAUAGUAUCUCUUUGUCCCAAUUGUUGAAGGUUGUUUUCUUUCUUUUUCUUUCUUUCUUUCUCUCUCCUCUUUGGCCUCUCUGGUCAAGGGUUAUGUGUUAACACAGCCUUACCACUGACUCUGCCCCACAGGGUACACUAAACUGCCAUUUAAAUGGUUUGACUACCUCAGAGAAACGAGUUCAAUAGCUGCUCCUGUGAAGCUCUUUAACAAGGUAGGACUGGUUCCUGACAUCGUGGCUGUGUUGUUUUGUUGUUAAGCGCGGUCCUGUAGUUCUGUGUGAUGACAAAGCCAUGCCAACAUACUUUUUGUUCUUCUAUGAUCAAAUAAAAACGACUACAAGCAGGCGUUACCUACAAGGCAAAUUUAUUUUGAUAUGUUUCGCUUACAUACAUGUUUGAUGUAAGAAAAUUGUAAUAGAAAAAAGACUGUAUUGACCAUGAACAUAAAAAUGUCUCUUCUCUUUGCCUCCACCAUCUUGUUGCCCCUGCCCAGGAUGUUCCAAACCACGGGUUCCGUCAGGGUAUGAAGCUGGAGGCCGUGGACCUGAUGGAGCCCAGGCUGGUGUGUGUUGCCACGGUGACUCGGAUCGUCCACCGCCUGUUGCGCAUCCACUUUGACGGCUGGGAGGACGAGUACGACCAAUGGGUGGACUGUCAGUCACCUGACCUCUACCCCGUGGGCUGGUGUCAGCUAACCGGCUACCAGCUACAGCCCCCUGCUGCACAGAGUGAGAUCAAACACCACAGUUCUACCCAAAUAUAACACACUAACAUGCACAAUCAUAAACCAAACAACUACCCUUAGGCUCUCAUUGAUGGAUUUGAUUAGGUUCCAGCUAUACGUGACCAUUUACUUGAUAACGUGCGAUUGGAGUCCCAAACUAACAGGCAGAAAUGUACAUUUGUGUAAAACAAUACGCCACUGUUUUUUUAACCUCCUAUUUUAUGUCAUUUCAGUGGCCAGAGAAAUCGCAGCAGCUGUACCUAAGCACAAGAAGAAAGCCCAACAGUACAAAGGACAAAAGAAAAGUGAGUUCUCUUCUCUUCCAUCUUCAGUCGUUUCCACCCUUUCCUCUUUUUCUCCUUUCAUUGGUCCACACCAGUGGAGGCUGGUGGGAGGAGCAAUAGGAGGAUGGGCACAUUGUAAUGGCUGGAAUGGAUUCAAUGGAACUGAGUCUAACAUGUGGUUUCCAUAUGUUUGAUACCGUUCCAUUGAUUCCAUUCCAGGCAUUACAAUGAGCCUGUCCUCCUAUAGCUCCUCCCACCAGCCUCCACUGGUCCACACUCUGGUGGGGGGGAAAUCUAUCUUGCCUAGCAUUUCUCUUAUUGUUUCGUUUUUUCUUUCUUGUCUGUUCCUUGGGAUCUGAUUGGUUGGCAUGAGUCCCAUGACAGGAAGCUGUGGUACUCUGGGUGAGUGCCAAAAAGGUGGCGAGGGUGUUGUAACACCAGGUGUGAUGGUCCAAACCAUAGAGAUAAAAAGAGGACUGUCUUUGUAUCUGAGCCAUUAUAGUGUCUGUGACAGCAUGGGCAGCACCAUUGAGGUCAUCUCCAUUUUAAAGUAGUACAUUUUCUUCUUCUGUUGUGUUUGAAAAAGCAUAAAGAUAGUAUUGGUGAUUUAUCGCCACCUGCCGUGCUGGAGUCCUGAACCAAAUCUUGUGUGUUAUUCAUUUGUGGCCACUAAAUGGCGGUGAUAUAGCUUAAAUACAUUUAAAAAAUAUUUUUUACAAACCAUAGGCAACCCAAUUUGAAGAAGACGAUGCUCUGAUCUUUGGCUGAUCACUCCCAACCCAUAGGAACCCCACCCAGUUGACCACUUUAAAAUGGUGGAAGCCCUCGAUGGCAAUGUCCAUGCUAAAACUGGUCCUAUCCAUCUAGAGACCUCUUUCUACUUCUAUGUUCCAAACAGCUUGUUCCACGUCUUAGGGAGUGGUUUAGCAGGGCUAUGUGCAGACACGUGGGCACACAGCAACGCUAGCGGUUUACUUGAGUCUGGCUUACCUGGUAGCUUACCUGGGGUGUAUUCAGAAUAUGUUUCAGAACAUUUCACAAUGGAUCAGAGGUCAUUCUUCUGAACCGUUUGAAACGUAACAAUUAAUUGGGGGCUGGUGAUGAUUGGUGUUUUUGAAAUAUUUUAUUUAAACAGAAUGAAAGAACUUGAAUAUGUGCAUGCUAUAUAAUUUCAUUAAAGCAUGCAAUUAGGCCAUUUACCUUAUAUACACACACAAUAUGAUCUAUAAUUAAUGAAUGAAUAAGUUAAUGCAUUUAUUUGAUUAUUCAAAAUACAUAUAAAGUAACACUAUGCAACCGAACAUUCAAAUCUACACUGUUGGGAGCGCUAGCCAUCUGAAAACACCCUUGGUAGCUUACCUGAGUAUGACUUGGUGUCUAGAGCGGAAGGUUCCGGUUGGUCGACGGCCCUUCAGUCAGGCAGGCAGGAGGAGGAGCCUAUCAGGGGAGGAGGAAGAACAGAGUCCGCCCCCUUACUCCAGCCAAGGCCCCACUCUGGCCCCCCGGUCCCGCACCCACCACCACUACCACCACACCCACAAACCAGGUAACGCUAACAAUAAAUAACCACUGAGACCUCCACACAGACAGAGGGUGCUAACAGGGGCCAGUCCUCAGCCGCUGUAGGUGCUGACCCUGCUGUGCGAUCGCUCGGUGUCGGAUACACCUGCAUGAAAGAAAGUUCAUGUUUCUGUGUCAUGUUAUUGAAGUGAAAUUAUUAAUGUGAGAAAUGUCCAUUUCUCCUCUCACCUCAUGAUGCGUACUACGUGAGCAGGACAUCUGCAGGAAGGAGGAAAGGUGGUGAUAUGAUAUACUGUAGAAGUCUGGUUGCAUUACAGGAACUGCAGACUCGUAUGGAGGGCUAGGUAUUAACAAGGACAGCUGUUCCUGUGCUGAAAAGCGUUUUGUGACUAAAAUUGGUUGUUUACCCCCUAGGAUUUUUUUUUUAUAGCUAUUUUGUUCUGUCUUGGUGUUAAACAUUUAUUAUCUGUCUGGUAUGCUGGACAGGGUUUUCGCCACGAAUUUUGAGGUUUAUGUAACCCUCUAUUUUGCUAACGCUCUCUCCUCUCUCUCUCUCUCUCUCCUCUCUCUCUCUCUCCUCUCUCUCUCUCUCUCUCUCUCUCCCACCCUCCUCUCUCUCUCUCUCUCUCAUCCUCCUCCUCUUCCUCUCUCUCCUCUCUCCCUCUCCUCUUCUCUCGUCCCUCUCGUUCUUCUCCCUCUCUAUCCUCGCUCUCUGCAGAGGUGCGCUUGCCCCCGUCGUUCUCCCCUCUCACCUGCGACGUCCGUCUACCUGGGGAAUCUCUCAUUCAAUCUACUAUCUGGACGCGUUCGGGAGAAUGUCGCAUCCCUGUCUGGUGCCCUCCCUCUCCUCUCGUCUCUGCUCUUUCUGGGGUUCCUGCGUGUGCUCAUCUCUCUCAUCCGGCCCAUCUCCGUCUGCAUCAAUGCGUCUUCUGCCUCUCUCUCUCCAAGCGCAGGCUGCCGGUCUCGGUCGAGAUGCUGGUCUCUGGGGGUUUCUCUGCUCUGUAAGUCGAGGACUGCCAUAGACUAGCAGACGAUGCAUGCAGUGGGACGGAAUCUCGUCGGUUCUCGCGUGAGCCGGGGUCUCCUCCCUCUCCAAUGCAAGCUCGCUCUUGGAUCGUUCUUCGUUGCGCUAGGCUUAGCCGGGGUUACACGUCUAGUCCCCAUCUCUCAGGGUUAUCUCUGCUCCCUACAUCUGCGCAAGCUAGCGCUGCGCCUCUCCCCGCUGCUGUGCAUCGGUGAUCGGCGGUCUGGCGUCAUCUCUGCACUUUUCGUAUGAUCGAGUGCGAGACUUGUGCAUUGGAUCGUUUCCCUGGUAAGAUGGACUGGACUCUCAGUCUCACAUGUCACUCUCCUCAAGUGGCGUCUCUCCUCCGCGGUCUGCUUUCUCUCCACUUCUUCUCGUCUUUCCUAAACCUGGGCCCUAAUAGGCCUUCGGUCUCUCUCUCUCCCUUGAUCUGGGCUCUCUCAUCUCUCUCCUCUCUCUCUCUCUUCCUCCUCUCUCCGUGUCUCAUCUCUCAAUCCCCAAAACUGUCUCUCCUGCUGUUAUCCCCUUUCUCUCCUUAUCCCUCUCUCUGCCCAGCUCUCUCAUCUCUCCACGACCUUCCUCAUCCCUUCUCUCUCUCAUCUCUCUCUCCUCUCCGCCCCUUUGAGGGGGGGAGGAGGUGGGAUAGAGGGGGAUUCGUCUCUGCCUCUCUCGCCUCCUCCCUCUCUCUCUCGACCUUCUGUCACGGUCAAUCUACCGUGAUCGGUCAUGAAUGGCUUCGAAUCAUCUCGGGCAGUCCGUACUUCUCAUCAGUCAUCACUGCCCAGGUCCCUCGUGCUCUGUUCAGGUUCGUUUCAUCUGGCUCUGCCCCUCUCUGGUUCCGGCUCUCUCGGGAGCACGUCUGAUCUCUCUCCGGUGGAUCGUCGUCUUGCUCCGCUGCCUCGUACACAGAAUGCCCUCAGUGUUCUCUCGGCUGCUCUCAUCUCCUGACUCGUCUGCAUCGGAUCGCUCUCUCCCACCCCCUCACCUCUCUCUGGCGUCUCUCUCUCUCUCUCUCGCUCCGGGGAGCCGGGCUCCCUCUCUCUCCUCAGUUCUCUCUCUCCCACGCCCCCCCCCCCCCUCGUCGUCCCGUGACUCGUGCAGUCGUGGCUCGUCUCUCUCUCUCCCCUCCCUCUCGUCGUAUCUCUGCAUCUCUCCACCCCUCCCUCUCUACUCUCUAUCUCUCUCCCCCUCAAUCUCGACGGUGGCACUCGUCUCGUACCCCAACGUCGCUCUCCUCUUGCGUCCCGCCUCUCUCUGCUCUCUCUCCAUCCCCUCACGCUCUCUCUCUCCCCUCUCCUCUCCUCUCCCCCUCCUCUCUCGCUCUCUCCCCUCCCUCUCUUCUCUCUCCCCUCUCUCCUCCCCUACCCUCCAUUCCUCUCUCCCCCUUCUCUCUGCCGCCCUCUCUCUCCCCUCACCUCUCUCUCCCUCCUUGCUCCCCCUCCCUCCCUCUCCCCCUCCCUCUCUCCCUCUCUCCAGAGUCUCUGUUGCGUCCUAAGGAGGAACAGGCUGAGGUGGAUGAGUUCACCUUCUCCCAGGGUGUCUCAGACCAGGAGAGCAACGGCUCGGGCAGCUACUACAUUAAACAGGAGCCCUGUUGA